UCCACGCAGUCAACGACACUGCUGUGAGAGAGAUGACUGGGUUUGGGGAGAUAAUCGCGAGCGCUGUGGGGAAGCAAGUCGCGGGCAAGCUCGGUGAACUCGCCACGGAGGAGGCCACCCUGCAGUGGAAGUUCAAAGACGAUGUUGAUGUCAUGGCGGACAAGAUGCAAGAUCUGGAGGCCGUGUUGCAUGAUGCGGAUGAUAGGCUGCGCCGACGAGGAAGAGAUGGGGAAGCUGUUGGGCGGUGGCUUAGCAAAUUCAAGGCCGUCGCCUACGACGUCGAGGACGUGCUGGACGAUCUGGACGCCACCGAGCUCUUAAAGAAGAGCCAACCCAAGUUGAAGCUGUUCUUUUCCUGGAAUAAUCAACUUCUACAGAGGGUUACCAUGCCUCACAAGCUGAAGAGCGUGAGGGGGAAAAUAGAGAAAAUAAGAAAGGAGGGUCAGGCUAUCAAUCUUGUGAGACAUCAAGAACGAGCAGAAGGGAGCAGAAAAAAUGAAACUUUUGCAGGCAUCUGUGAUGAAGGCCUGAAAUCUGGAGUGGUGGGGAGGGACAUAGAGAAGGACAAAAUAAUCAGUCUGCUUCUAAAAAAGGGCGUUCAAGAGGAUAUAUCUAUUGUCCCGAUUGUCGGGCUAGGUGGUCUAGGGAAGUCAACAUUGGCUGAAUCAGUCUUUGUAGACAAGAUGGUCAACGACUUUGAAGUCCGAGCCUGGGUUCAUGUGUCUAAGAAGUUUGAUCUGCGCAAAAUUGGGAGUGCCAUCCUCAAAAGCAUAAAUAGCAGUAUCAACCUUGACAAUUGUAGUUUGCAGUUUCUACAGGAAAAUCUCAGAAAUGAACUUGCUGAUAGAAGGUACUUGAUUGUUUUGGAUGAUCUUUGGGAAGAGGAUGCGGAUAAGCUGGAAAGGCUGAAGCAGAUGCUACAACAUGGCUACAGGGGUAGUAGGGUUAUCGUAACUACGCGUAACCAAAGCGUAGUCAAUAAAUUGCGCACCGGUGCUCUUUCACACAAAAGAAAAAUUCGUUUGGUGCCCAAAUCAGAUCAAAUCAAGUUGCAUGGUUUGUCAAAUGAUGACUGCUGGGAAGUAAUGAAACAAACGGCAUUUGGGCCUGAUGAUGACAAAAGUGACUUGGAAGAAAUUGGAAGGAAAAUUGCAGAGAAGUGUGGAGGUGUACCACUCGUGGCAAUUGCCCUUGGGCAAGUAAUGUCCGAGUUAAGGACUGUCGAGGCAUGGCAAACAUUAAGAGAUACAAACAUUGAUUUGGGUCACAGAGAUCACGAGGACACAUUGGAGCGCCUCAUGCUGAGCUAUUACUACAUGAAGCUUGACUUUAAAAUGUGUUUCACAUAUUUGGCGGCCUUUCCCAAGGGUUUCAUUAUAGAAAGUGAUCGUCUAAUUCAGCAAUGGAAGGCUCUUGGAUACAUUCAUCGAGGGGAUGAUGGUAAAAGGUGCAUCAACUACCUUAUGGGGAUGUCCUUUCUUCAAAUUUCAAGGAAGCAUAUACGGAUAGGCUACUGAAAAACUACAGAAAUAACUAUUGGAAUUAUGGAGAAAACCCGUCAAGGCAGAGAGAGGAACGAGAAGAACUAGAGUCACGGAUGUCGGACUCGGACUCUGAACAUCUCUCUCGUUAUGGGGAAGAAGAUUCAGAAAAUGAGGAUGACGAGCAGGAAGGUUGAGCAAACAAGGAUGACGAGCAAGAAGAUUGGUACCUAUAAGAUCUCAGCGGUUUGCUAUCAUCAUGCCAAAUAGCACGUUGCUGUGGGGACCUCUGUAAUUUACAAUCACAAUCUUAUACAAGUAUCUCUUUUCCUCGCUACCAACAAAACGGCCCGUGCAUUGUAACGGAAGGAAAAAAAUAUAUUCAUCAUCUUCAAUGACCAUGACCAUAUUUUGCUGCAUCACAGAGAUACACUAUCACUAUAACUUGGCUUCUAUCUCUUCAAACUCAGUGUUGUUUAUCUAUCAUGAGUUUAGGAGGGGGGAUGUUAGAGUACUAUAUAUAUAGCCAUGUAACCUUUCGUAUUUACCCUAUUAUGUAAGGAGUUUCUUGCAUGUUCUACACACCCGUACAUGUAUAUAUACUGGCCCAUGGCCUCUUGGAAAUACAAGUUGCAAAUUUCCU